AGGCGGUGUCGAUGGAUCAAGUGAGAAGCAUUGUUGACAGGCUGUGCCUUUACCAUAAAUAAACCGAACCAUUGCCUGAUGUUUGAGUGUUGCAGAAGUGAGUUGCGUGAGUAUGCGCAUUUGUGUCGAACUGAGAAACAACAAUUAAUUUGUUUAGUAACAAAAGAGAUGCUGUUAUUUUUGCAUUGAUUGCAGCAGAAAAGAGAAGAUUGCAAGAAACCUAGUUUAGGUACCCUUCUGGAAUAGAAUGCAAAACAUAUUUAGUUCCAACUUCCAAUAUAUAUAGAACAUUUUCUCCCUGUAGCUCUAUGGAAUCAACAGAAGAUGCACCAGCUGAUAUUGAAAGCAAAGAGGUAGAAAAGCAAGAAUUGGAAGAAAACAAAGAGACUCCAGAUGAGUUGAAAAUAGAUGAGGUGAAAAUAGAUGAGGUGAAAAUAGAUGAGGUGAAAAUAGAUGGGGAAUCUCCAAAGGAGGUUACAAAAGCUGCUGAUGACAUAUUUGAAAAUGUCAGUGAUGACGAUGGAGAUAUCUUUGCAAAUCCUACUGUAGAAACAGUUGAAAUUGCAAAAAAACCGCUUCAUACGGAAAGUGAUCUUUUUGACGAUGUCAGUGAAGGCGAAGAUUUGUUUGAUAACACUGUCGAAGAGGAGGCCUCAAAGAAAGAACACAUUUUUGAGGAGGCCUCAAAGGAAGAACACAUAUUUGAGGAGGCCUCAAAGGAAGAACACAUAUUUGAGGAGGCCUCAAAGGAAGAACACAUAUUUGAGGAGGCCUCAAAGGAAGAACACAUAUUUGAGGAGGCCUCAAAGGAAGAACACAUAUUUGAGGAGGCCUCAAAGGAAGAACACAUAUUUGGCAUUGACGAGGAUGAUCAGAAGGAUGACAAAGAUGACCUUGCUGGUAUUGAUGACAAAGAUUUGUUUACUGGUAACUCACAGCAAUGUGAUUUGUUUGAUGAUGAUGAUGAUGAUGAUGAUGACGAAGAUACAAUUGAAAGCAAUAUGCAAGGUGCUAUUCCAGUUCGCAUGAAUUCAGAUCACGACCAGGUCCCAUUUAACACACCUGCUGUCGGGUGUGCACUGGAUGAUGCACGCACUACAGCUCUGCUAAAUGCAGCCAAGGAGUCAGCUCAACAGAACCUUCAAAAAACAGAAACUUUGCCUGCUGUGAAUGGGGAAACCAAAAAGUCAAAGGUUAAGGUCAACAUUGCAAUAACAAGUUUUACUCGUAUAGGCGAGGGUUACAAUAGUUACAUAGUGUACACAAUCCAAGCAACGUCUGAGGCGAGUCCAGAGACGACAGUACAGCGGCGGUUCAGUGAUUUUGUAGUUCUGCACCAGCUUCUAAUAGAGAACUACUUACCUCGCGGUGUAAUAGUUCCUCCAGCUCCGGAGAAGAACUUCAUGGGAACUGCUAAAGUGAGGUUCGGAGGAAACAACCAGUCCGCUGAGGAUCAGAGUCACUUUAUUAGGAGGAGAAAAGCAGCUCUAGAGAGGUAUCUGAAGAGGUUGAUGGGGCACUAUCUUAUCUGCAAGGACGAAACUCUGAGACGAUUCAUGCAAGAAGAAGAUCCCCCACGACCUAAUCCUAACGCUUCAGGCAUCAAAGGUUUUAUGAAGAACAUGGAGAGUAUGGUAUCUAAAGUAACGGCAAGGAUUAACGAGGUAGAUGAGUGGUAUGAAGAUAAGCAACAACACAUAUUGGAGCUUGAAGAGACCCUAAAGAAACUGUUGGUGGUGGUUGAUAACAUGGUAGGCAACAGAAGAGACCUUGCUAACAAGUCUGGUGCCAUGGCUGCUAGUUGUUUACAUCUAGGGGAAGGAGAAGAUAACGCCUCGUUACGACGUGCUGUAACAAAACUAUCCGAACUGGAAACAAAGAUGGAAGCGGUUCACGUUGAGCAAUCAGACAACGAUUUAUUCACUUUUGGAGAGACUAUAAAAGACUACAUUUCUAUCAUCCAAUCUGCUAAGGCUGCAUUUGACGAGAGAGUGAAAAUAUUUUCCACAUGGGAAUCAGCCCAGUCGACACUAGCCAAGAAGAGAGAAGCUAAAAAUAAAGCUACUGCUCAGGGGAGAGCUGAUAGAGUAGCCCAAUGUGAGGAGGAUAUUAAAUUUUGGGAAGGCAAAGUGGAGAAGUGUCAGGAAGAUUUUGAACUUAUCAGCAAAAAUUUGAAAGACGAAAUCAGAAUAUUUGAGGAAGUUUGGGUAAGAGAAGUGAAGGAAGCAGUUACCGCGUACUUCCAGAAAACUAUUGACUGUCAGAAACAGAUUGUUGGACACUGGAAGGAAUUCUUACCCGAAGCCAAAAUCAUAAACUGAAUAAUAUAAUAGACGUUGGCUCAGGUAUAAUUCAUCAUGCCAUUUUCAUUUAGUUUGACUUUUUGACUUGAAAAUAGAAUCAGCCUUAUUUCUGUAUCUUUUUGUCUUAAUGUAAAGGGGUUGCGAAUUUACCACAGUUAAGUACUGUUGCUGCUGGCAGUUGAUAAAUCUUUAUAGAUCCCUAAUUUUAUCGUAAACUGAUAACAAAAUUAUUGAUUAACUAUUUUGAGAAUGAUUAGCUUUUAUAAUUGUUAUGAUUGAUGCUUUGUUUUAAAUAAA